GUUAGUUAGUUGGCGAGCCAGGGGUUGUCGUUGUAUGUCAAACUAUAUGUAGAGAUAAGGAAGUGACUUUCCGGCUUUCAUCAGGGCACGGACUUUCUGACGACUAACCUGGGGCUGCAUAGUUUGCAAUGUCAUGACAGGAGCGAGAGUGACCUGCGUGGAUUAUCAUUUGAACGCAACGGCAGCGCUGUAUUCCUUUUAGACCAAAAUCAGACGGAAUAUUUCUAUUGACAGUUUGAGAGAUGAGAUGAGGCUCACUCAUGUCAAACUUGGAUGUCUUCUGGCUUCUGUUUUUCUCUCUCUAACCUGGUUCACCGCUUAUAAUGGAAAUGACAAGGGUGAACCCCCUUACGACCCUAAGAUGAUCCAGCUGUAUGAACGUCUGCUGGCUGCAGAGUCCAGGGGGGAGCUGGUGUACAGGGAGCUCAGCAGUCUGCUGACCAGCCUGAGGAACCUCACCAUAGCGAACAACAACUCCUCCACUAAUGUCACAGAAGGACUGAUAAAGAGAAGACUCGGUCUGCUUUCCUCCAGACUGCCCAAUGCCUACCUCUACCUGCCACACCUACGGGACCACGCAGACAGCCUGAAUCCUAACGUCGUCCUGGGAAAGGGCCGGACUGGAGUGUCCCUGGUAUUGGGGAUCCCUACGGUGAAGCGUCAGAAGCAGAGCUACUUGGUUAGCACCCUGAACUCCCUCCUCUACGGCCUUUCACCUUCUGAACGAGAAGACACCGUCAUCAUCGUCUUUGUUGCCGAGACGGAUGCAGGAUACGUCAACGCCGUAGCAGAACUCAUAAAGCAUAAUUUUCCUAAGGAUGUGCACUCAGGCCUGUUGGAGGUAGUGUCCCCUUCUCAGUACUUCUACCCCAACUUCCGCAGACUCAGGGAAACCUUUGGAGACUCCAAGGAUAGAGUCAAAUGGCGCACCAAGCAGAACUUGGACUACAGCUUCCUGAUGCUCUACGCACAUGAGAAGGGAACCUACUAUGUACAGUUGGAAGAUGACAUUGUGGCUAAGCCUGGCUACUCUCAGGCCAUGAAAACAUACGUCAGAUCACUGGCCUCGGAUGACUGGAUGUUGCUGGAGUUCUCUCAGCUCGGCUUCAUCGGCAAGAUGUUCCGAGCCUGUGAUCUACCAAUGAUAGCAGAGUUCUUUCUGAUGUUCCACAAAGACAAGCCCAUUGAUUGGCUGUUGGACCACAUUCUGUGGGUGAAGGCUUGCAACCCAGAAAAAGAUGCGAAAGACUGCAACCUGCAGAAGGGCCUGCUCAAGCUGAGAUAUAAACCCUCUCUGUUUCAACAUGUAGGCCUUCACUCCUCUCUGCCUGGGAAAGUACAGAAACUGAAAGAUAAGGACUUUGGGAAGGCGCCACUGUUUGCUGCCCACAGCAACCCCCGUGCAGAGCUGAGCACUAGUCUGAAGCACUACCAGCAGCACACCCUGGAGAGGGCCUACGAGGGCCAGGACUUCUUCUGGGGCCUGACCCCUACCGCUGAAGACUUCAUCCUGCUCAGCUUCCCGCAGCCACUCACUGUCACCGGGUACCUGUUUCGCAGCGGAAACAUUGAGAUCAACGGAGACAAGUUUUAUAACACCACUGUGGAGGUGCUCCCUAGUGAUAGCUCGGUGAGUGACAGACUGGUGGGUGGCCAGUCUCCUCAAUACGAAGGAUCUUACGGAGGCUUCAUAGUGAUUGGUUCCUUUGUGGAUGGGAUGGCUGAGGGACAGAUAGACGCACAGAUGCAGCCCAUCUCUGCUUUACGUCUGCUGGUACACAGCGACUCUGACGUGUGGGUUCUGCUCAGUGAGAUAUUUAUUAAACUUUGAUGACGGGAAGAAACAGCAGGAACCUGAGCUCCCGCGCUGCCUCCCCCCUACCUGUUACACUCCACAACUGGACCAACAGCGACCUCUAUUGGACAUGGAUAGUCAAUGCAGUUUCUCUAACCGUCUCACCUGCUACUGAAUGGAAGUACACACACACUGUGGAUGUUCUCUUCGCCCUUCGGAUAGUUUUUCAACCCAUGACUAUAAUGUGAAUCUGGAAGAGACAGUUUCAGUUGGUGUGUUCCUAAAUGAGUUUGUCAAUCAAUUUGAGCAUUUCCACGUUUGUGGAAGACUUUAUACUGGACACCAGCUUUCAGCUGCGGUUUUAGUCUCCGUUCUCUUGAGGGAAAACGUGAUUUAACGUGUACAGGGCUAUGUUAGAGUAUAACAACGACAAUUCAGCAAGAGAUGAUUUGAUUGAUACACUCCGCCAGUAAUGAAUGCAAUGUGUGUGUGUGUGUGUGUGUGUGUGUGUGUGUGUGUGUGUGAGAGAGAAAAAGAUGUGGACUGAUGCAAUGAUUGUAUGGCUGUAUUAUUGAGUGCUAGUUACAUUGUUUGCGCAAGUUCAUGUCUCUGGCCAAAAUGCUGUCAAUCAGGUUCAUUCCACAAGUUAGUAUUUUGCCAUAGGUGCAUUUCCCUGGUACUGAACUGCAAGUCUACUUGUUUCAAUGGGGAUCAGUCACUCCACACGUAGGUACUAUGUGCUGUAUAUAAAGAAAGAACAUGAAGGCAUUCUUGAUUGUGGAUAGCAAUUUAACUGCUUGACAAAUUCUCUUGAUUUUUUCCCCAACCUUUAACGUAUAAGUAGCAGUGGAGGCGAGGACGGCUCAUAAUAAUGGCUGGAACGGAGUAAAUGGAAUGGCAUCAAACACAUGUUUGAUGUAUUUGAUACAAUUCCGCUCCAGUCAUUACCUCGAGCCCAUCCUCCCCAAUUAUGUUGCCACCAACCUCCUGUGAUAAGUGUUCCAUAUUUCAUAGGUAGAAAAUACAGGUUCUCUCUACUCUACAAACUAGACUAUAAUUGUCUGACUUUACAAUAGCUACAGAUAUUAUAGUUGAUGAGUAAGUAGUAUUGUUAGCUCAAUUUCUCCCCAAGUUUAGUCUCGAGUUUACUUCGACUUGCAGACAGUCGCCGCUAAUGUUCCCCAGCAGGGGGCACUAAUACUGCACAAGUCUUGCAGCUGGGUCAACUCAACAAUCACUUCUAUGGAGAAUAUGGGGUUUGGCGCCAAUCCUCACCUCCGGAUAUUAAAACAAAAUAUUUGCUGCCGGGAGAAUACAUUUGUGUAUCCGAGGCCGGCAGAGUCAAUCGAGGAGAGAAGUAAACUCCUCCGUCCAAAUUGACACUGCUAGGUAAUUAUCGGUUUCCAGGUCAGAGGACUCGAGGAGAGGACAGACUUUGUUCUAAUUGAGAAUCUCCCUGAGAAAUUCCGUUUCUAAUUCAAUGGAUACACGCCUACCUUGUUCCGUGUCUGCUGUUUCGACCCUCUCGCUCUACCGCACCUGAUAUCUCUAACUCUGAAUGAUCGGCUAUGAAAAGCCAACCAGCAUUUACACCUGAGGUGCUGACCUGUUGCACCCUCUACAACCACUGUGAUUGUUAUUUGACCCUGCUGGUCAUCUAUGAGCGUUUGAACAUCUUGGCCAUGUACUGUUAUACUCUCCACCCGGCACAGCCAGAAGAGGACUGGCCACCCCUCAUAGCCUGGUUCCUCUCUAGGUUUCUGCCUUCCUAGGGAGUUUUUCCUAGCCACCGUGCUUUUACAUCUGCAUUGCUUGCCGUUUGAGGUUUUAGCCUGGGUUUCUGUAUAGGCACUUUGACGUCAGCUGACGUAAAAAGGGCUUUAUAAAUAAAUGUUGUGGUCAAUACAUUUAAGUUCAAUGGGGCGGCAGCGUAGCCUAGGGCAUUGGACUAGUAACCGGAAGGUUGCGAGUUCAAACCCCCGAGCUGACAAGGUACAAAUCUCUCGUUCUGCCCCUGAAAAUCUGUCGUUCUGCCCCUGAACAGGCAUAGGCAGUUAAUCCACUGUUCCCAGGCCGUCAUUGAAAAUAAGAAUAUGUUCUUAACUGACUUGCCUGGUUAAAUAAAGGUUAAAAAUAAU